AACCGUGCAUUCAAGCGAUUGGUGCUAAGGUUCUCGUUACCUCCUCCUGUCACCCCUGUUUGUUUCCCGAGAAUUUCUUCUGGCGAAUUCUCCGCCGCCAUAGAAAUCAACGACGAUGGCUUCCAUCACCAACAGCCUCAGUCUUCGCGGCCCGAUCUUCCUCGACAACCGUUUUCUCUACUCCGGAUCACUCCCCAGCCACCGAAAUCUGACCUUCUGUCACAUGCCAAAACCCUACCUCUCCCUCUCCGUCAGAAACCCUAGUAUCGUCGCCUCCGCCGCCUCUUCCUCAUCUCCGACUGCGUCUUCGCGGUGCUCACAGUCCCGAAUUCGGUUCCCGCUGAGCGAUUCGACGCGGUCGAUCACCACUCUCGCUCUCGUAGCCUCCAUCGUCGUCAAAUCCCUAGCCCAUAAGCUCUCCCUCGCAAUCGUGAACCUGGGUCCACAGAUUCAGGAAUCUCUCCAUUACUCUCUCCGAACGGUCGGUCCGGUUUUCUUCGCCUCCCUCCGGGACCGGCCGAGCGGCUACCUGAAUACGCCGCUCACGGUGGUGGCCGCCGGGCUGUCGAAGUGGCUCGACAUAUACAGUGGUGUUUUGAUGGUUAGGGUUUUGCUCAGUUGGUUCCCGAACAUUCCAUGGGAUCGACAGCCUUUGUCCGCCAUUAGAGACCUCUGUGAUCCUUAUCUGAAUCUCUUCAGGAAUAUAAUCCCUCCGGUUUUCGACACUCUCGACGUGAGCCCGUUGCUUGCUUUCGCUGUUUUGGGAACUCUAGGUUCGAUUCUGAACAACAGCAGGGGAUAUUGAAGGACCGCUUCUGGGUUUGAGCGACAUUGAAUGAAGCGGAGAGGAUCAUUAGGCACCCACCAUUGUUACGUUACGUCUGGGGAAUGUCCUCGACGGGUUGCAGCUCGGGUUCUUAGCAAUUGCUCUGCCAUGCCGCCCCGACGAAGAAGCCUUAGUCCUUUUUAUGUUCUCUUGUUGCUUCUACUGCAUCUUAGUUUUUUCCGGAUUGGUUUCAUGAUUCAUCGACCAGGACUUGGUCAUAUUUUUGUACAACGACCGGGAUCGAUAACAUAAUGAUAACGCCGAUGCCCUGUUUGGUUCGGUAAUAAAGGUUUUCCGGAUUUGGUGACAA